AUGGGGCCUCGAUUUCGACGGCUUCUAACAUUAUUCAUCUUGAUGGCCGGGGCCAGCAUCGUUGGGUAUGACUCGGGAUAUUUGAACGGGGUCCUCGGAUCACCCAAUUUCAUCAAGCGAUAUGGAGUGACGGUGAACGGUUCCACCUAUUUGACCGCGAGCACUCGCAGCUUGUUCACUUCGUUUCAGGUUGUCGGGACGUUGAUAGGGUGUCUCAUUUGCGAUCCAAUCAUAAAUAGGUGGGGCAAUAGGGGCAGCCUGGGAGCUGGCUCCGCUGUUUAUGCGCUAGGAGUCACCUUGCAGGCCGCAGGCCUCCCCGCACCGGUCUUCAUUGUCGGCCGUGUCUGCAUGGGCAUGGCGCUGGCACUCGCCUCGAGUAUCAUCCCCCAGUAUCUGGUUGAGAUCUCCUCCGGCACGAACCGAGGACGGAUGUUUGCCUUCUACCUCAUGUUUCUGACCUCGGGCAACGUCCUGGCCUGCGGGAUUAGUAUGGGGACCUCGCACUUUAUCGACUCCCGAGGAUGGCGGAUCACAAUCUGUUUUCAGCUGCUCAUAGCCGCCUGCAUUGGGCUGAGCGCGCCCAUCUGCCCAGAUGCGCCCACCCUCCUUCUUCGCCGUAACGACCUUGUUGGGGCGCGGCGUGCGCUCGCAAUGUUACAGGCGCGGCCGGCCGACUCGCCCGAGAUCGAUAACGCGGUGACUGCGAUGCAGGCGACGCUGGCCAUGACGAGCGGACAAGUGGAGGAGCCGUCUACGCUGCAGCGGUUCCGCGAGUGUUUCCGGGGCACAAAUCGGCGGCGGACGCCGCUGGGGAUUAGCACGGCGGGGCUGACGAUUCUCACGGGGACGACUUUCUGGUUCAACUACGGAACCACCUUCUUCGAGGCGGCCGGGGUGACCAACUCGUACUUGAUCUCGCUGGUGCUGGCGCUGAUCAACUUUGUCUGCUCCGCGCCGGCGACCUACCUCAUGGAGCGGGUCGGCCGCCGCCUGUGUCUGAUGGUGGGCGCCGCCGGGAUCGCCGUCACGCAGCUGCUUAGCGGGAUUAUCCAUGACGUCGCCCCGAACACUGUGCAUGAUAAGCAUAUGCUGGUCGCUGGCUCGAUUCUCUUCAUCGCCAUUUUCGCGCCAGCGUGGGGUAUGGGAGGAUGGGUCGCCAUGACCGAAGCCUUCUCAGUCCGCCUCCGCCUGGAGCAGUCCGCGAUCACGAUGAUCGUUUACUGGGUCGCCACCUGGUUCAUCGGCUUCACUGUUCCCUACCUGGUCGAUGCCACCGAGGCCAACCUUGGCGCCGAAAUGGAUGCACUCUUCCAUGAAAAGAUCCCGGCUUGGAAGUCGAAGCAGGGGGCUCGACAGCGGCGGCUCCAGGUUCUCGACGGCGCAGCGCCGGCUGCAGAGGGGGAGGAACAUACUUCUUCUGGGCUGGAUGAGGAAGGCCUUUCUGAACAGACGGGCCGGGUGGAAGUUAAGGUCUUGGGUUGA